GAGGACCGGCGGGGCCCUCACUUCCGGUGACUCGGAGCUGGGAUGUCUAGGUAGGCCGUGAUGGCGGUGGCUGGUUGGGCACGGCACAUUCCGGUUACCCCUGUUCCCACAACUAGCGGCUCCCAUUACUCAAGCUUACCUUUAAAACACUGCACCUGAGUGGAGUGAAGGCCGCUCACCAGUUCCAGUGCUGAACUUGGCGUUGGAAGUGUGGCUGCACAUCAGUUCUGCCACUGAGCGGAUAGGCUGCUAGGAUGGAGAUAGUCGCAUGACGCUAAAAUUCUGAGCUAUAUAUCUCUAGGAAGAGGAACACUAAUUCAGAAGAAGAGAGUAGACUUUGUUAAGAAUACAUUUGGUUCUUCACCAUGAGGUUAGGAAAACUUAAGGGAGAUAUUUCUCGGAGCUCAAACCAAGGAAAGACCUCUGAGAACCAGCGCAAAAUAGGCCGGCAGCGGCAGAAAUGGGGAAUGACUGUUCGGUUUGACUCAAGCUUGAGUAGACUAAGGAGAAGCUUGGAUGAGAAGCCCUAUAAAUGUACUGAAUGUGAAAAAAGUUUCAGUCAGAGCUCAACCCUCUUUCAACAUCAGAAGAUCCACACUGGAAAGAAAUCCCAUAAAUGUGCUGAUUGUGGGAAAAGUUUCUUUCAGAGUUCUAAUCUCAUUCAGCAUCGACGGAUCCAUACUGGGGAAAAGCCCUAUAAAUGUGAUGAGUGUGGAGAAAGGUUUAAACAGAGCUCAAACCUCAUUCAGCACCAGAGAAUUCAUACUGGAGAAAAACCCUAUCAGUGUGAUGAAUGUGGCCGAUGUUUCAGCCAGAGUUCCCACCUUAUUCAGCAUCAGAGAACCCACACAGGGGAGAAGCCCUACCAGUGCAGUGAAUGUGGCAAGUGCUUCAGCCAGAGCUCUCAUCUUAGGCAGCACAUGAAGGUGCACAAAGAAAAGAAGCCUCGCAAAACUCCAGGCAAAAAUAUUAGGUCAAAAACUCAUUUAGUAUCAUCUUGGAAAGCUGGUGCAAGAAGGAAGUCAGUGGCCCGUAUUCGCUAAGUAAGAGGUGCUGUUUCAGCCCUGUUAAAGAGGGAAAAAACAAAACAAAACAAAAAUAACCUCUCUUUUAGAACUAGAGAUACUUUGUAAUAGAGCGCUUAAAUACUGUAUCCUUUCCUAGCAUGGAAACUCUGGGAGUUUAGUGACAUUGGGUGGAAAGAAAUUACAUGAGUCCAAUGGUCCUCUCAUUUCUUUUGUGUAACCAGGUGUGCGAAGAACUGAAAACACGUUUUGAGAGACUAUAAGACCCUUGACCUCACUUGAAAGUGCUUUCUGCAUAAUUUUGACAAAAACAAUAAUGUUUUAAUGAUAUGUAAAAAUGUAGGAAUUUCAGUGACUACCCAGUUUUAAGACUUUGUGUUGAAGGGGUAAUUAAAAGGGAAAAGAAGUUAAUCACAUUGGUUUCGGAAUUCUGUAAUAGAUGAGGAAAUUUUAUGAUUGUAAAGUUUUGUAGUGUAUUAAUCAUCAGUUUGUAAUUGUGACUUAAUAUUCACUAUAUUAAAAUUAUUCAUGUUCACAGUUGUUAAAGGAAUAGAAUUUCCCUGUUUUUCUCCAAAUUCUUAGUAAGAGAUGCACAAGAAGUCAAAGUGAAAACUGAAUUAGACCACAAGUCUCUUUUUCCUACUAGCACUGUUCUUUGAGAUGGUUUUACACUGUGUCAGUUGUUUUCCAGAAGUUGGAGUGGAUUUAUAUUGAUACAUCCCUAUUCCUUUUGACUUCUUUUGGCAUUUUCUUGUGCUGUGACAAACAGGUAGCAUUUUAAAUCUGUGAGAAUAAAUAAUUAAACCAUAUAUUACCAAAAUAAUCUCAACUUGCUACUUAAAAAAUCUACAAUUUACACAACUUCCUGCUUUCCCUUUUGAGAGCUUUAGGUAGUCUUAAACAAAUGUUUAUCAACAGCAAAAGUUAUUUAAUGCAAAUGUCCGUGUAUUGUAGCUUAAUGUGUAGAUUUUUUAAAAGAUUUUAUUUAUUUAUUUUUGACAGAGGGAAAGGGAGAGAGAAAGAGGAAACAUCAAUGUGUGAUUGCCUCCCACACACCCCCUGCUGGGGACCUGGCCCACAACCCAGGCAUGUGCCCUAGACUGGGAAUCAAACCAGUGAUAUUUUGGUUUGCAGGCCAAUGCUCAGUCCACUGAGCCACACCAUCCAGGGCUAUGUGUAGAUUUUGAAAUCUAAGUUAAACUUUUCUGAGUUAUAUGAAUUACUAACAGUCUAGCAAACAUUUUUCAGCUACCAUCAGAACAGUGCUAAGUGUCAUUCUGAUUAGCAGCCUUCAGCUCCGACUCUAGUUCUGUUGAAUGCUAACAUUCUUCUAAUCUAUCUGUAUCUUAUAAUCAUGGCAGUUGCUGGUGUACAAAUGACAGUUAUUCAUAAAAAUAAAUGGAAUAUUUUGCAUACUAUAA